AUGGCAACAGCGCUGGACUCUUCACACAACCUGGCCAGUGAGAGGAGUUCCAUAGAAAGCACGUACGAGCUGACCAAAUACCUGGAGUAUCAGCUGAAGGAAAUCAAAGACAUAUAUCUGACUUACUUAGGCCCUCCUUUCAACGAGAAAGACUUCUCCCCUCCACGACCCAACAGCACGGCUCUGUCCCUGCCCAGUGCCGCCACACGCCUGGAGCUGUGGCACGGCCUGGAGAACCAGGCUCGGCUUGCCCAGAACCAGAAGGCCUACUCUGUCCUGCUGGCAGCCGUCAGGGAGUUGGCCCGCUCCACCCUCUGCCCUUCGCUCAAGACCUCCCUGCUGCACUUUUGCACGGGCCUGGAUGGGCUGCUGGGCUCCAUAUCUGCACUGAUGACCACCCUCGGUUACACACUUCCUCCUCCAUCUGCAGACAAGGGAAGUAACGCUGGACAGCUGCAGUACCCCCUAUCCCCCAUAGGGGGCCAUAGACCAGCUCCACUGAUGAGCCAGAGCCUUUACAGGUCCAGAGCUGGGACGAGGACUGAGUCCAGUCAGCGUAACAGCCAAAGAAGAAGUGGGACGAGGGUGGUCAGAGGAGAAAGGGAGGACGGCGUUGCCGUUGAACUGGUGGGAAAAAGGAAAGGGAAAGAGGGGAGGAGAGCGGAGGCGACCGCAGCUGGAGGAAGGAGUGGCGGAUCGAGGGAGAAGGAAAGAGGAGAAAGAGGGAGGAGAGGGAGGAGGGAAGAGCCAGAGAGCGGGAAAUGGAGUGCAGACGAAAGAGUCGGGGAGGUGGAAGAGGAGGAGCUGGAGCGAGAGGGAGGGGCGGAGAGAUGGGGGAGGAGGAGAAGGUUGUUGGCCAUUAACGAUGAUGGAGAGGAGCAGGAGAGGCGGCCUGAACCCGGGGUAGAAGUGUCGUACCCGGGCACAAAACGCUCCAGCUCCCUUCGACACCCAACCCUCCAAACCAACAACAACAACAACAACAACAACAACAACAAUCAGUACAGCUACAAUCUGAACUCACAUUACCCAGACACGCUCAGAGAGGAGGACGGGGUUAUUGUAGAGGGGAGCAGAAGGUUAAUGGUGGAGGAGGAGAAGCAAACAGACGUGGAAGCUACCUCCACUUUCCAUCAUCAACGGCGGCCUCCUCGCUCCCUCCUCUCCCCCACCCUCCAACCUCCUCUGUCCACCCUCUCCCUCCUCUACCAGUUUGGAGCAGGUGAGGAGCACGCCCUCCUCUCCCAGCCCGUUCCUCUGUCUUUACAAAGGGGCACCUCCCUGCUUUCGCCUCCCCUGGCUCCACUCCUGUCCUCCACGUCCUCCUCCUCGUCCUCACUGCUGUCAGUGCGGCCGACGAUGAACGACUUCGCCAGGAAGGUGGAGGGAUUUUGGAUAUUGCGAGAGCUGCAGAGCUGGCUGUGGCGAUCGGCGAAGGACUUUAACCGCCUCAAGAAGAGACUCAGAGGCUGAGACACGCGUGAGCGCAGCAUAUCGGAAAAUCUAUUAUUUGCACAAAAUCUGAGCGGAAACAAACUGAGAGCUUUAACAGACAAAAGCACACAAACACAUCAAUUCUUAACACAUUCAUUCAUACUGGAAUAAGUGAAUGAAGAACUAUUUGGCAGGUCACCAGAAGUGCUAAUGGAAUAUAACACACACAAAGCCAACACAUUAGGAGCACUGGCGCCUGCCUGAUGCACAUAGCAGCUCAUUCAGCGAGACACGCUGAGGCUGGGCCGAGUUACCGGACUUCACGGCUCAUAGAUCCACAGAAAUGCCACUGUAGGUGGUUAGACACACACGCGACACACACACACGCACACACGGGGGUAGACUGAGUGACAGGCAGCGAGGCAGACAGUGCAGCCAUUGAGAGACAACGCUGAUUCAGUGACCCCAGAUGUGUGAUUCAGCAAACAUUCAUUUUCUCUAAAGCAAGAAGGGGAAACUUCUGAAUGGGUAUAAGACAAAAGGAGAGGAGGAAAUGGCCAGAGGGAUGAAGAGGAGGGGAGGAAGUGGCAGAAAAGGAGAGGAAGAUGGGAGGAGGCGUGAGUCAGGGGAUGAGUACUGGAAAUAACGGGCAGAGGGGUAUUGCUGAGUAAUCAGAAGUCGGCUGGUCAGUUACAGUAACUCUACAAGAGCGCUACACAUACUGACCAGACAGAGAGGUAGUCAAACACACGCGCACACACACACACACACACACACACUUAUUGUGGUAUUUGGUGCCUUUGAUUCAGUGCUCUCCAUAACUCCAUAGCAAGAAAUAUUUAACAUGAUCUUACUUAGACUAGAAUCAUCCUCCCUAAAAACAACAACAGCUGUAUGUUCUGUGUAUAAAGAAAUAGUUCAACUUUUUGGGACACACCCUUAUACGCUUUCUUUCUGAGAGUAAGACGAGAACAUCAACCCCACUGACACAUAUGUACAGUAAAUAUGACGAUGGAGCCAGAUUACCGUUAUCUUAGUUUAGCAUAAAGACUGGAACCAGGGGGAAACAGCUAGCCUGGCUCUGUCCAAAGGUGACAAACACCAGCUACCAGCACCCCUAAAACUGGUUGGAGGCCUUAAUUUAGGCUGUGAAGCUUAAGUUACUGUGGGGAGUACAGUUAAGGUAAAAUAACCUGCAUCUGAAGUGCUGUCAUAACACUCGUACACUGUUGUUAGGUCCAGGGGUUUAAUGACCAGUAAGCCUUCUGGCUGGUCCAGGUACUAACAGCCCACAGCACGAAGUCAAUGUGUUGAUUGGCAACAACAAGAGGAGGAUGCUGGCCCUGAACCACGAUGAGCUCAACCAGCUCUCCGCUGGCGUUCCACUCGUUCCCCGCGGUGUCGCUCACUCGACUGGCUGUUCCGGCCAGCGCGAUCCUCUCCUCGCCAACUGUGUGCUGAGCUCAGCGCUGGUUUCACUUCAUUUAGGUUAAUGAAUAGCCGCAGAGAGAAACUAAACCAAAAUACUUCAGGGAUGAGGGUUGUCAUUCAUUGUCCAAGACAAGGCACGCCAUUCUCAUGUGUCAUAUUGAAUGACACCUGCCCUCUUGAAGUUUGGCAACAAAUCAGACAUCGCAAAUGACAACCUGUGACCAUGACGGUCUCUACGGCAGGACUUCCUUUAACCCCUUGUUUUGUCCAGCUUCAGGCUUUAUGCAAAGCUAACUUAGCCGUCCUCUAGCUCCAGCUGUGAGAGUGGUAUCGAUCUCCUCGUCUAACUCUCAGAAAGAAAGCAAAUCAGAGUGUAUUCCAAAAUGUUGAACUAUUCCUUUAAGCUACUUAACACUUUUUUCUUUUUGCACCUUUUAAAACAUGAAAUCAGAGACUUUCCCUUGGCAACUUACAGAUGGCUUAAUUUCUUCUUCAUAAUAAACCUAUUGUUAUGUCCUUGCAAUGUGCCUUGAAUGACAUGGCUAAAGGUUAUGGAUCAUAUCUCUAUAAUAUUUAUUGAACGAGAUGUUUAUUUAUUUUUCUCCAGUGUGAAAAUACUGUAUCGUAACUCAAGAGAGAAUAAAUACUAGCUUUUG